CGUUCACAUACUCCCUCCCUCCCUCCCUCGUUGCUACACUCUCUCUCUCCGCCGUCAGCUCAACAGCAGCAGCAGCGGAGAGAAAUCGGAGGACGACCGUAUAAAGAGCAAAAAUUCUAGGGUUUCUUUGAUCGUCAUCCGAAUUUGAACAAGAUCUCUCUUUGUUGAAGUUGGCUCAGUCAUGGCGUCGGAGGACGUUAAGAGCACUGGGGAGUCGGCGGUGACGACGAUCGUGAAUCUGGCGGAGGAGGCGAAGGCUCCAACUGGCCACGCAAUCCUCUCCAUUUGCAAGUCUCUCUUCGCCGGCGGCGUCGCAGGUGGAGUAUCACGGACUGCUGUUGCGCCACUUGAGAGGUUAAAAAUUUUGCUUCAGGUCCAGAAUCCUCAUAAAGUUCAGUACAAUGGAACUAUUCAAGGCCUCAAAUAUAUAUGGAGAACUGAGGGUCUUCGAGGACUAUUCAAAGGCAAUGGUACCAACUGUGCAAGAAUUGUGCCAAAUUCAGCAGUCAAGUUCUUUAGCUACGAACAAGCAUCAAGUGGGAUUUUGUGGCUUUAUCGUCGACAAUCUGGCAAUGAGGAUGCUCAGCUUACACCUGUAUUACGUCUUGGAGCUGGAGCUUGUGCUGGAAUCAUUGCUAUGUCUGCCACUUAUCCUAUGGACAUGGUCCGGGGCAGGAUUACUGUCCAGACUGCAAAUUCCCCUUACCAGUACAAAGGAAUGUUCCAUGCAUUAAGCACGGUUUAUCGACAAGAAGGCUUCCGUGCUUUGUACAAAGGCUGGCUUCCGUCUGUUAUUGGAGUUGUCCCAUAUGUUGGCCUCAACUUUGCUGUUUAUGAAUCUCUGAAGGAGUGGCUGAUAAAGUCCAAACCAUCUGGACUUGUUCAAGACUCGGAUUUGAGUGUGGUAACGAGGCUCGCUUGCGGUGCUGCUGCUGGGACCGUUGGCCAGACUGUCGCCUACCCUCUCGAUGUCAUUAGGAGGAGAAUGCAGAUGGUGGGCUGGAAAGAUGCUUCUCAAAUCGUGAGGGGCGAAGGGAGAAACUCAGUAGAAUAUUCUGGAAUGAUUGAUGCUUUCAGGAAAACUGUGCGCCAUGAAGGACUUGGAGCCUUAUACAAGGGCCUUGUCCCAAACUCAGUGAAGGUGGUGCCGUCCAUUGCGAUUGCAUUUGUUACAUACGAGGUUGUGAAAGAUGUUCUUGGAGUGGAGAUGAGAAUAUCAGAUUGAAGAAGGAUUCAGAUUUUUCUUUUUUGUUCGGAUGGUGACUAUUAUUUUUGUAGGCGGAUGGCUAGAUAGAGGACAUAAAAGAGCAGACAAUUUUCAGGAUUUAAGGCUCUGUGACCUUUGUUUAUAUCCUUACCACUUCAGAGGCAUAUCUGCGUUUAGACGUCUGGGUGUUCGCCUUGACUUGAAUAAUAAGUUGGACGGUAGGCAAAAAGGAGAGAUUUGCCCUGUUUACAAUAUCUAUUGUUAACUUACCGUCACGGAUAUUAAGAUUAUCUUUUGCUAGUUAUAUUCUCUCUCAAUUCUCAUUCUGGAGCGAGUUGCUUCUUCGGCCCUUGUAUUGAAAUUUAGGAUAUGACCAGAGUAAUAUAAGAUGCGUCGCCCAUAAUUGUGAUAUCUGUGGGAUGAAAAGCAAUCAGACUUGAUUUUUGUCUAGGCUAAUAAGCUUUUAGAUGAAUAUUAUCUCAUUGUUAGUUGUGGUCUGUUUUGUAACUGCUGUUUGCCAAUAGUUAAUGAAUCAUGUUCUUGCUAAGUAAAAAUUGUUGUAAUUAA